CGUCGGUCGCUGUCGUCAGAGAACAGGCACAGCAAAGAUGGCGGCCUUCUGUGUAGCUCGCAGCAGUUGCGGACUCAUAAACGGGUUGCGGACGUCUUUCAGGAGUUUGGCGCAAGUGAAACAUGGCGCGUUCGCCGCUUCGGUGCCGCAGACGGACCUGCGCCGGGACAGACGCUGGUACUCGGUCAGCCACCUGUCCGUUAAUGAGAGAAUUGACAUUAAACGGAAGGCGGCGCUAGUCGGUGGAGGUCAGAACAGAAUAGAUGCUCAACACAAAAAGGGUAAGCUGACAGCCAGGGAGCGAGUGGAGCUACUGCUGGAUCCGGAGUCCUUUGUGGAAACGGACAUGUUCGUGGAGCAUCGCUGCGCUGACUUUGCAAUGGAGCAGGACAGAAACAAGUUCCCAGGUGACAGCGUCGUGACAGGUCGAGGCAGGAUCAACGGUCGACUGGUCUAUGUAUUCAGUCAGGACUUUACGGUGUUUGGUGGCAGUUUGUCUGGCGCUCACGCACAGAAGAUCUGCAAGAUCAUGGACCAGGCCAUGACAGUCGGAGCCCCGGUCAUUGGACUGAACGACUCCGGAGGAGCUCGGAUCCAGGAAGGAGUGGAGUCUCUGGCUGGAUAUGCAGAUAUAUUCCUGAGGAAUGUGUUGGCUUCUGGAGUUGUCCCUCAGAUCUCCCUCAUCAUGGGUCCGUGUGCAGGAGGCGCCGUCUACUCCCCUGCUCUCACAGAUUUCACCUUCAUGGUGAAGGACACGUCAUACCUGUUCAUCACAGGACCCGAUGUUGUGAAGUCUGUGACCAACGAAGACGUGACUCAGGAGGAGCUUGGUGGAGCCAAAACGCAUACGUCGGUGUCUGGUGUGGCUCACCGUGCAUUUGAGAAUGACGUCGAAGCCCUCCUCAGUCUGAGGGAGUUCUUCAACUUCCUGCCGCUCAGCAACCAGGACAACGCCCCCAUCAGGGAGUGUCAUGACCCCAGUGAUCGUCUAGUACCUGCUUUGGACACCAUUGUCCCGUUUGAGUCAACCAAAGCCUAUGACAUGCUGGACAUCAUUCAUACAAUAGUGGACGAGAGAGAUUUCUUUGAGAUCAUGCCCAACUAUGCCAAGAACAUUGUGGUGGGUUUUGCACGCAUGAAUGGACGCACAGUGGGCAUCGUGGGAAAUCAGCCUAAAGUUGCUUCCGGUUGUUUGGACAUCAACUCCUCCGUGAAGGGAGCUCGCUUCGUACGCUUCUGCGAUGCUUUCAACAUUCCCAUCAUCACCUUUGUGGAUGUACCAGGCUUCCUGCCAGGUACGGCCCAGGAGUACGGAGGAAUCAUCAGACACGGAGCUAAGCUGCUGUUCGCUUUCGCCGAGGCCACCGUCCCAAAAAUCACCAUCAUUACCAGAAAGGCUUAUGGAGGAGCCUAUGACGUGAUGAGCUCCAAACACCUGAGAGGAGACGUGAACUACGCCUGGCCCUCAGCAGAGGUUGCUGUUAUGGGUGCCAAGGGUGCUGUUCAGAUCAUCUUCAGAGGGAAGGAGAACCAGGCGGAGGCAGAGGCUGAAUACGUGGAAAAGUUUGCUAACCCCUUCCCAGCUGCUGUUCGAGGUUUCGUCGAUGACAUCAUUGAGCCUUCGACCACUCGCAAGAAGAUCUGCAGAGAUCUGGAGGUGCUCGCCAGCAAGAAGCAAGUCAACCCGUGGAAGAAACACGCCAACAUUCCUCUGUGAAAACACACACCCAGACAUCAGCGGAAAAGAGUUCCUCGCUGCGGGAUUCACGAUACUCUGUGACGGUGACUUAGGCAGCCAGCCGAACAGAAACACACGUCAUAUUUUUGUCUGCUGUGGAUUUUAAAAAAUGGAAGUUAUCACUCCACUACAAGCAGCACAUAGGCAAGUGUUACUGUACUGUGUGAACAAAUCAGGGUGUGUCAACUGUUUUUAUACAUAUUAUGCAAGACAUUAACAGUUAAACUGAUCACAUCUCAUCUGAAUGGAAUAAUCACACAUUUUUAAAGAUUAUCAUGUCAAUUGUGGCCAUAUUGGUCACAAUUGUUAGUAUGAUUAUCAUAUUGAGGACAAGGCUGUGUGUGAAAGGUCAGAUUACAAACUGUAUUGCUAAUAUACAUCUUAGUGUUUGAACCUUUUCUAGGUCAAGAAAAUGUCAUUCUCACCACAAGCAGGAACUGUGCCUUCCCUUCUCUCUGUUCUUCCGUCUGUAAAAUAAAUCAUGAAACCAUAAA